AUGAGCCGUGACACAUCGAGUUCGGCCUUCUCAGGGAUUGGUACUCCCGAGGUCGCAGCCACGCAGUUGCACCGUGCAGUGCAGGCGCGCCGGCCCGAUCGCCUGGUUCGGCGCCCGAAGAUGCUGUACGCCAUCGAGUGGGACGCGGAUUGCCAGGUGGAGCUGGACUUGAUCCUUCAGGACACACGGGAGUCGGAUGGCUGCCUGUUCGGCGACAUCGCCCAGUUCUUCGUCCCGAACUUGCAGGACACCGUGGCGGCCUUGCGGCUGUGCCCCGAUCGCGCGUGUCAGGUGCUUGGCCCCAGCAUCAAGGGCGGCCACUCGGUCACUCGCCGGGGACAUUGCCUACGGCACGGCCGCCACUGCAACUUGCAGCUCGCGCGGCGCCACAUGGCUGGAACCAGCUGCAAGGGGAGCUCAGCCCAGGGCCGCCGCGAGCAGGAGGGCCACAAGAGCAUCGUGGACACCCUUGCAUGGAUCGCAUUACGGCGGCUGAUCCAGGAGCCGGAGGUCGGCCAGGAGAACGUCGAGCACUUCCCGACCGAGCUCCUAUCCGAAUACCUCGGCGAUUUAUAUUUCAUCGAUUGGGUCAUCCUCGACCCGCGGAUGUACGGCUGGCCGUGUGCCCGCACUCGGAAGUGGACGAUGAUGAGGCAUCGUCAGAAAACGUUAGCUAUGAUUCAUCCGUUAUCACAGUUCCUUCGGCGGUUCCACCGCGUGUGCACGUACACGUGGAGAGAGUACUGGUUCCUGCACCGCUACUGCGACGACGCCACCAUCGGCGCGAUCACGCAGCACCCGACGGUCAUCCCUGAUGAACUGCAAGCUGAUCUGAUGUGGUCGCAACGCCGCGCCGGGUCGAGGGGUGCUGCUCUAGCCGACGCACCGACGCCGCCCGCCGAUUGA